AUGGAGGAAGAUACCAUUCUUCAGCAAGACUAUAGGCAAUGGGAAAGGACUCACGCCAGGAUGAAGGAAUCGCCUCCGCAGAAUGGACAUGAUUAUCUCAAACACGCGAAAAAUUUACUGGUGCUGUUGGAAGGUGUGGCAGAGCUGAAUCCUGUAGCAAAAGCUGUGGUUGUAAGCUUCAAAACUGCAGUGAUGUUCGAACAAGACCGCCGGGAAAAUGACGCACGAGUUACCGCCGUGUUUUUGGCUCAGACAGAUGUGAUGCGUGUUCUACUCGAUGUCGACGAUAUUGCCAGUCGUCGCCGGUAUAGGCCAAAUGUAGAGAUUCUCAGGUCAAAUGUCACCUUAAACGAUAUUCUAUCAGCCAUUCAGAAGGAAAUCAAGGCCUGUGGAAAUAGCAUUGACACGUAUUACAAAGAGUCGCGUUUUGUCAAAUUUUGGAAGGCUCAAGACUGGAAAAACAGGAUGCUGGGGCACAUAAAUCAAUUUAACCAGUUGAGAAACGAGCUUCAGCAAACACUGUCCGUCCAGGUCGCUUCUGGGGUGGAAGAUAUUGCUGUCAAAAUGGACGAAGUCCUUUCCCGCCUUUAUGCACCAAGAUACGAUUGGGAAAAGAGUUUGGAUAUGAAGACAAGGGGAUUAGAGUUCAUGGAUCCGUCGUGGAUAGAAGGCCCCGAUACUCUGCGAAAUCUCCUCUUGGAUACAAACGAUCCAUCGCUACCUGCUAUGUCUCCUGCCGGUCAAGCCAAGGAUAUAUCAACUCAGAUAGCGACUGAUAUGCAAUUAUCCAAAGUCAAGAGGGAGAUCCAGUCAUCAUUGGAUGCCCUCUGUGACAGGAAUAUGGACAUGUUUGAACUGAGACUCAAUUUCCAUGCACAGCAGAUGGAACAGGUUAUAAUGAACUCGGCUCAUCUAGUGAUCCAGUCGUUGUCUGGUCCGAGUGACCGUCUUCUCAAUAAGGACCUACGACAGCUUUGGAAAGAAAUGGACUGGAUUUUCUGUGUCGAAAACAAGUUUUUUGUCAGCGCACUGUUCGAAUUUUAUCUCGAUCAAUUCUCCAGCCAUAAACCCACUCAUAAUUUUAUUUUCCCCGAUAACCAAACCGAUGAUACAGUACAAUUAGAGAAAGAUCGUGAAGAAACACUAAAGAAACUACUUUUUUCCUCCACAUCUGUCCCUAAAUUCACCUUUUUGUCGAGGUUGGGCGCUUUGACUCACCCAGAUGCUUGGACUCUAGAAUAUAUCGCUCUUCAUGGGCAUCACAUUACCCGAGCCAUUGAUAAUGACUGCUCUGGCUUCAUCCGCAUCAGCGAAGCGAAUUCUUUCACCCAGCAAAUACCAAAAGGAUGGACAUUGCCACAAUGGUGUGCUUACUCAGCGGCGGGAUGGGCGUAUGAAGCGCGCAUAUAUCGUCGGCGCAUGAGUAAAAUUAUGACGGUUCUGACGGAUAUGCAAGCAAAGGUUCUUGAAAGUAACAGAGCAUACUUGAUUAUAUUCUCUCUUAUCAGUUUCCAUGCAACAUAUCACGCGUUUACUCGUGAGCCGACAGGACAGAGCAUUCCCCCAGUCACGCAAGAGCUGCGGGAACUCGUAAAGCAUAAGGUCCUUGCUCAGGAUGCGUUAUAUCGUAGUCAUCUGCAGAAACUUAGGUGGACUGUAGAGGACGAGUCUACGCUUCAUUUGUUGUAUGGGGAAAUGGCCCCUGAAAAAUAUAUACUUCAGUUUGGGACCCUGAUGCUGGAGCAAUUUCUUUCGGUAUCAGAAUUGUGCCGUACAGCAACCAUAGAUGCAAAAGAUUGGCUUCGUUUGUCUUCCGCAUCCCGAUUGAUGAGGGAAGUCUCUCUGAAGCGAGUUUCCGAACUGCAAGGUAUUUCCACAUUCCACGGCGGUAUCUGGUCUUUUGUUAGGCAGCAACUUGAUACAGGCGCAUUAGCAGAGGGCAUGAAACCAUAUACCGCUCAAGAACUAACGGAAUAUCAGGAUGAUCUCCCUAUACUUGAGGAUUUCCCGAUACCAACCGACGUUGCACCUUAUAUACAAUAUUCAACAUGGGAACAGUACCUUCAGACUGCAGGGGACGAGGCAAAGGAUCUAUCUGUGAUACCAAAGACGUGGAACCCAUUAAACGAUACUGCACUCCCUCAUCUAGUGGACAGAGCUUAUAUAAAGGAUUUUCCUAUGCAAGGCUGGAACUGUGAUCGAUGUGGAGAAACUCCAGCCCAGCAAAAACGAUACAGAUGUAUUGAUAUCAGCUGUCCUGACUUCGACCUAUGUCAAGAGUGCUACAGUCUUCCCCAACCGGAACAUAAGGCUGUACAGCACAAGUUUAACCAUCACGUCAUGCUUUCUACGUUGUGGCUAAUGCCUGAACAAGAACAAAAAAUUGCGCUCGAAAUUCUGGUUGUCUUAGAACAAAUACGCCAAGAAAUCAGUGCUCUACAGCGCUCCCAGUCUACGGUUGUUAAAGCUGAUAUGUCAGAAAGGAGAGGAACACCGACGGAUGGCCCCGAAGCAUCGAAAAGUGAGGAAGGUGCUGAGGAACCCAAACUAGAAGAAGCGUCAAUGGAUUCGAGCGCUGUGACACCUGAUGAGCGGAACGGCGCCGUGUUACGUAUCACCGACACCGAUAAUGCCCAUGAUACCGAGGAAACGACAACACCGUUAUCUGAAAAGAAUGAAGAAAGAGAUUCAGGUGAACUGGAGAGCGCUGAAAAGAGGGUGGAUGACGCCGGUCAUAUCGCAACUAUGCCAAUUCUUGAAGUGACGUCAACACCUCAGGAAAAUGCUACGCUAGUGGAGAACGACUCCCCGGAACAAAACCUCGAAAUUACCAGCCUGUAUCCUGAUGAAAAUGUUCACCCAAUUGCCACCGUCGAUGCGCUCAUCGGAAAUGAAGCUGAAACUGACAUUACCAGUGACCACGCGAAACCUGGAGCACAGAGUUCAGACAAAGACACAAAAAUAGAGGUCGCAGAAACAAUUGAUGUCUCAAGCUCUUCUGCAACGAAUUCUCUUCCGCUUAUCAAAAAAUUCUCGUGCGGUCGAUGUUCUGUGGAACUAUCCUUAGAAAUGAACUUUUUCAGAUGUGUUGGACAUGCUUGUCGAGAUUAUUUUGUCUGUAGCAAAUGUGCAUUUGAACGAUUUGAAGAGGUCGACGACGCUGCUCAUCAAUGGUGGCACUCAUUGUUUGUCUUCCGGAAAGAUAUCUUGUUCGAAGAGCCAUCCGAGCAGCAAAAGGAGGUUGCUGGCGGUAAUGAUCAACAGGUUGUUUCCGCACUGGAAGUUUCUAAAGACCAGAUCAUCUCUCAAACGAUAGACAACAGAAUAUCCAAGCUGGAACAGAAGUUUUCGGAGUUGAAUGCUGCUAUCCAGUCAGGUCAGGACUCACUGGCGAGCGCUAUCCAGUCCACCUUGGAGACAAAGUUCGACAGGAUCACCUCAUUGGAAGCUAAGGUAGAAAGGCUCGAGAACAAGAUGGACAGUAUGAUGACCACACUAAUGGAAUUACUAGGGGGAUUGUCAGAGAAGAAAGCAUUCGACUAG